GACUCAGCCUGCAGGGGGCGCCGCGGCCCGCUCCUCUCAGGGUCUCCCCGGGUAUAAAUGCGGGAGGAGCGGCUGCGGAGCGGAGAGGCUCUCCAGCAGCCAGAGGAGGAGGAAGAGGAGGAUGAGGGUGAAGAAGCGGAGCUGAUCUCAGGUCGGAGCCGCGGAGCUGAAACUGGAAACUUCCGGAUGUUUUUCUGAAGCUUUUCCUCAUCCGAGCAGGUUCUGUUCCUGGUUAGUUUCCUCCUGAUGCAGCUUCUGGUUUCUGUCCUGUUGGAUCUGAUGAUGAUGAUGAUGAAGAAACAACCCAAACUCUUCACAUAAAGUGGUCAGAAAAACCCAGAACUGGACCGAGUCCCAGAUUAGAAACCUUAAAACUUCCUGUCCCGCCUCCGCCAUGAGCGACGUCGUGCAGACGGCGGCCGGCUCUCUGGGUCUGCUCAGCAGCUCCUGCCUCACCAAGGUGGAGCUGCGCCUCACCUGUAAGGGCGUCUCGGACCGGGACGCGCUGUCCAGGCCCGACCCCUGCGUCGUCCUCAACAUGCAGUCCCACGGCCGGUGGAUGGAGGUGGACCGGACCGAGGUGAUCCGCAGCUGCGUCAACCCCACCUACUCCAAGGUCUUCACCUUGGACUUUUAUUUUGAAGAGGUGCAGCGGCUGCGCUUCGAGCUGUUCGACAUCAACAGCCACAACGGGCCGAAGGAGGCCGACUUCCUGGGCUCAGUGGAGUGUACGCUGGGACAGAUCGUCUCCCAGAGGAACCUGUCCAAAGCUCUGCUCCGACCCGGAGGAACCGUUGGGAAAACCAUCAUCACGAUCACAGCAGAGGAGCUGACGGGGAACGAUGACUACAUCGAGCUCUCCUUCAGCGCCAGGAAGCUGGACGACAAGGACUUUUUCAGUAAAUCGGAUCCGUUCCUGGAGCUCUACAGAGUGAACGACGACGCCACCAUGCAGCUCGUCUACAGGACUGAGGUAGGAGAUCAGAACCCACAGAUACUUCAGUACUUCASUAAUACUUCAUGUUUACAGCAUCAACGUAAAUAUUCAUCAAUAUCUGCAUUUCAGAAGACGUUUCACUUCCAGUUAAUCUGGUUUCAUUCGGUUUGUGUUAAUCUGGACCGGAACUGGGACCAGGACCAGGACCGGAACUGGAACUGGAACUGGAACCGGAAUCUGGACCAGGACCGGAACUGGGACCAGGACCGGAACUGGAACUGGAACCGGAAUCUGGACCAGGACCGGAACUGGAACCAGAACCGGAACUGGGACCAGGACCAGGACCGGAACUGGAACUGGAACUGGAAUCUGGACCAGGACUGGAACUGGAACCAGAACCGGAACUGGGACCAGGACCAGGACCAGGACCGGAACUGGGACUGGAACGGGAACCGGAACUGGGACCAGGACCAGAACCGGAACCAGAACCGGAACYAGCUGUUUUAUGUGGCCAUCGACUUCACGGCGUCUAACGGUGACCCCCGGAACAGCUGCUCCUUGCACUACAUCCACCCCUUCCGGCCCAACGAGUACCUGAAGGCGCUGGUGGCCGUGGGCGAGAUCUGCCAGGACUAUGACAGACUAUGCGGGUCCUUUUGGACCUGCUCAGGUAUCCAGGGUGUGGUGGAGGCGUACCAGGCCUGCCUACCCAAGCUGCAGCUCUACGGCCCCACCAACAUCGCCCCCAUCAUCCAGAAGGUUGCCAAGUCUGCCUCGCAGGAGGUCCACACCAAAGAGGCCAUGCAAUACUUCAUUCUGCUGAUCCUGACUGACGGCGUCAUCACCGACAUGGCCGACACCAGGGAAGCCAUCGUCCAGGCCUCCCAUCUUCCAAUGUCCAUCAUUAUCGUCGGGAUCGGGAACGCUGACUUCGGUGACAUGCAGAUGCUGGAUGGGGAUGACGGGAUCCUGCGGUCGCCCAAAGGAGAACCCGUCCUCCGGGACAUCGUCCAGUUUGUCCCCUUUCGCAAUUUCAAACAUGCCUCUCCAGCUGCUCUGGCGAAGAGCGUCUUAGCAGAAGUGCCCAACCAGGUGGUUGACUACUACAACAGCAAGGGCAUCAAGCCCAAAGUGCCCAGUGAAUACCAGUCUUCCAGGCCGUUUGGCCCCUGAACUUCAGCACCACAGCAAACCAACCUCACAAAAUGUUGACUGUCUUGUGUUUUUUGUCAAAGCGGAUGCUAAAGAUGAUGCACGCAGUAUUUACCCAUGAGGCAUUGGGGUCAUCUAUCCUUAAACCAGUUGGCCUUCACAGUCUUAUCCUGAGGGACCAAGUGUAGGAACCCCUUGGUUCCUGCUUUUGCUGCUGCUAGCUUAGUACUUUUAAUGAUGUCAUCAACUGAAACAUUUGCUGCCUUUCAUAUCAAAUAAUAAUUCCCAAUGGUAACCCCCUUAAGCUACACUCGUCUUCCUCUCUGGAUGAAGGUGGAGAUGCUUUUCAGGUCUCGUCGUUGAUCAGAGAGCUGCUGUUCUCCUGGUAACUGCUGAAGAUCAUAAGACCUGUAGGUCCAAAGUCCAUCUGGUUCACCCUAGAUACGCGUCUGAAAGGUCCAGUCAACAUUGAUCAUUUAUUUGUUGAGCAGAAACCUCAGUGCAUUGAGAGGUUUUGACAGAACCAAGAACAUAGUUGAACAAAGAAUAGGCAGUUGAACCUUCUGAAGGAGCAGUUUGGUUUCCGUCCUGGCCAGGAAACACUGGACCAGCUCUACACCCUCUGCAUGGAGCUCAAGGGAUUAUGGGAGUUUGCCCAACUGGCCCACAUUUGUUUCGUUGACCUGGACAAGGCUUUCAACUGUGUCCCUCAUGGGCACCCGUAGGGGUGGAGUACAAAAUCCAGGGUCCUUUAUUAGGGAUUCUCCAUACAGGCAUCACUGACACUAAGCCAGACCUGUUUUUGGUGCAUGUUGGAUUCCGGUGGCUGCCAUUUAUCACCAGUCCUGUUCAUGAAGGGCUUGACAUGUGGGAGGCAACGUCGCUCCCUCUCCAUUUAUUUCCUGUGGAACUUGCACAAUGAGGCAACAAUCACUCGCACUCGUCCAGAGAAAUUUGUGCAUUGGAAACAAGUGGACAUGUACGCCUGGGCUUUUUGCUACUGUUGCUGUCAUAUUCCUCACAUCGAGCCCAGAACUUGUAUAGUCAGGAUUUAUAGGCGUAGCCGAGUGCCGGGAAGGUCUGGUUUGUUGAUCGGUGGAUUUUGUUCCUUGUUUUAUACGAAUGAUGUGGUUCUGCUGGCUCUUUCUGGCCUGAAGCUCCAGAAUGCACAGGGACGGUUCACAGCCAAGUGUGAGGAGGCUGGAAGUCUGAGACAAUGGUUGGGCCAGUCUGGCCUCACCAGGUUGGAGGGACGUUCCUCCCUCAAGUGGAGGAGUUCAUCCAUCUUGUAGUCUUGUUCAUUAGUAAAGGGAGGAUGGAUAAGGAGAUUGAAAUCAGUGCAGCUGCUGCUGCAAUGCGGACAAUGCAUGGGUCCACUGCGGUGAGGAGAGCCGAGUCGAAAAGCAAGACUUUCAGUUUACCGGUUGGUCUACGGUCCAACCCUGACUCUGGAGAAAUCCUGCCUUUUUUACUUAGAAGUCAUCACAACCACAAUGACCACAAAGUCAAACACAUCCUCAGAGUUUUGUUGGUUCUGUUCGGUAUGCCGGUCCGGUGGAAGCUGAUGGCAGAAGCUGUGAAAGGUCAGCGGUUUCAGAAAUGACAUGUUGGGUACUUGUAGCGUCUUGUCUGAUGGAUUUGACCAGAAUCAGAACUGGACAUUUUGAUCAGUGGACUUUCAGAGGACAUCCCUGCAGGAUCGUUGGAUGGUUGAGCUGUUUCUAAGGUCAGGAGGCCAUGACACCAUCCACUUCCUUUGAGCCAGCUGGGCAUGCCACUUGUACAGGAAGUUAUUGACCACCAGGUGUCAAGCUCCACUACAAUGGGUAUGAUGUCACUAUGUUGGUCCUGAAACUGUGGAAAACGACCUCUGUGGCAUCUUCACAUGAAUCUAUGUAGGACCAUAGAUUCAUUCAUACAGGCUUCGCCAGCUGAGAAAGUCUUUGCAGUCACCAACUGGUAGAACCUCCUGCUCCCUUUAGAGGUUCACAGGUGUCUCCAUCUCACCUGCUUCAUCAGAUUCUCCUUCCUGGUUUCUCCAAAUUCAACCUUCACCUCGCUAGAUCACUGCCUGUUGCUGGUUGACCUCCUCCACCUUCAGGACUUGAACUCCUUCAAAAGAAGGAGCUCAGAGCAGAUCCCUGAUGGAUCCCACCCGAACCUCUGUGGCACUACCUCACACCUCACCACAGUGUCUCUGUCCUCACUUCCUCAUCCAGGACCUCAGUUCUUUCUCUCUGGAUCCACAAGGUCAGAGCAAAACCUUUGGAGCUUCUCUGUGGUUCUUCAGAUCUUUAACACCAAACAUCUCAUUUCCAGGGACCUUCAAUCACCCUGUAAUUUGGACAGUGUAGCUGGAUUAGCUCAGGAAGUUCUCAUCAUCCUUUGGAGAUUCUGCAAGUGACUCAUCAGGUCAACGGGCUCCAUGAGGUCCGUCAGCUUGGUGACUGUUGCUUUUUGGACCAAACCAGUCCAAGUACUCCAGAAGUUGUAGGAUAAACACACCGUUUGCAUCUGACUCUUCACACUCUGAUACGACUUGAGUCGCAAGAUCGAUUAUUCAUGCCAGAGUAAGUAUCGGUCUUAGUUGGACUUGGAGAUUCACUCACAGGGAAAUGCUAGCGAUCUGCGAAGCCCUGCUAUCUUUACAUCAUCUGAUCUGAUGUGUUUUGGUCUUUAACUUUCAUACCUCAGGACUAUUUUGGUUGGAACGUCAUGAGUACGAUAGGAAGUGUAAAACAGUAGCUACACAAAUACCAACUAAAACCUUUUACUAUCAGAACCCAUAGCAUGCUUCUGCAUGUCUGGAGCUCAGAAAAGGGUGAAACUGUGACCUUUCCUGACCUUUCCUGGUGUUUACGUUGGCAAGACUUCUGGUUCAAACUCUGGUCUGAAUAAUUGAUCUUACCAGUCCAGUGGUCUGUAGACUGGCCGUCCAGUCAGAGACUUUCUGACAGGAAAAAUCAGAUCAGAAUUUGAAAAGGUGGAUGCAAGCAGUGUGUUUUGGCUGUCGUCCUGUAGCAGGAACAUUUUGGAGGAAACAUCAUGAGGUUUCUGUCCUGCUGCCCCAGUUCAGGGUCAGACUUGAGUCGUGUGUAAAAAUGCUAAGUGCAGCACCUUGAGCAUCCGCUGUGCAUGCAUGGCCGACGACGGCUGAGAGCAGAAGAAAAGCACACAAACACAACGUGACCAAUGCAAGCGCCGCCUCCCUGCAGACAGCAUGCCGAGCAGGGAGGCAGUCGAUGAAGCAAUGUGUGAACCCCUCCCAACUCUCCCUGCUGUUUUUAAGACUGUGUUGAUGUUUUGCUAAACUUUCGUAAAGUUCGUAAAUUACAAAGAGCUGCCUUCAGAGACGUUUGCUUCCUCAACUGUUCCCCUUUUCUAAAACACUGAGGCAGAUGCAUGGCGUGUCGUCCUGCAUGCAGAUGUCCAAGCAGGACCUGCUGGUCUCUGCGGUUCCUUUUCUUGCUAGUGAGUAAAUAUGAGGUAAUAACGAUGUUCACACUGACGAGCCUCCAGCAUGUUCAUGAAACCAUGUGAGCAGAUUUAAAAGCACAAACUCUCUGGAGAAACCUUCUGUUGGACUUCAUUCAUUUCUGUCUCUGUGCUCCACCAGGUCCGUUUAGACCAGAACCCGACCAGAACCCCUCACUGUAAAGUACCUUGAGAAAUAAUAAGAGCUGGUUAUACAAGAACAGCCUUUAAAGCCGAAAAAUGAUCAAAUGUUAGAAGCCAUGCAUGUCAUCCAGAUGGAUCAGAACCAGAGGUACAUUCACCGUCCAGCGCUGGUCCACUGAGCUCCUGAUGGACGGAACCAGGAGAGGCAAAGAGCUCAGCUUUUAUUCUUCUCAGCUCUCUAAAGGGUCUAACCAGUUCUGGACAGUCCUGGUUCUGGAGGUCCAGAGUCCUGCAGCUCUUAACGUCUCUCUGGUCCAACAGCUGAAUCUCCUCCUCAGUCCAGUCAGGUUCUGCUAACGACCUCAUGAUGUGACUCAGGUGUGUUGAAGYRGAGACACACCUAACAGCUGCAGGAGGCCCUGCAGGCCUGGAGCUGCUCAAUCCUGGUCUAAUCAGUUUCAGUCUGGUUCUGAUCCAUCUGGAUGACAUGCAUGGCUUCUAAUCAGUCACACAUAAACAUGGUUAUGUAAGCUGCAGCGUGUAAGCAGACAGAAGAGGCUGAAACAGAAUCCAUAACACUUCUGUCUGUCCUCAUGUCUGUUUGACUGAAACGAGUUCAGAUUCGGGUAGUUGGGACAUUUUUUGUCUCCAAAACCUUCCCACAUUUAUUUACAUCAUCACUUCAUGGAAAUUGACUCUUUGCAGCCACUAAGCCAGGAGUUCACAAACUUUUCAACCUGUAACCCCCAACAGGUGACCUGGUGACUCCAUUACAUUAUUUAUCUGUAUUUAUGUAUAUUUAAUGGAUUUGUUUUUCAAAAAUGAGAUUUUUAUCAUUUGAUUUCAUCAUUUAAAACAGGGCUGUCAAACUAAGUUUCCUUUCUAAUGUCUAGAGGGCCACAGAAAAAACUAAGGUGGGCCGAGUUUGGCCCCUGGGCCUCUAGUUGAACACAUCAUUUAAUAGUUAAAACCCUCAGUUUGGAAAUCGCUGAUCUGAGCUAAACCUGGACAGGAAGUCCUGCUGUUUUUCAUUGUGCUUCUUUUUCUGAUUUACAGUCUGUAAAAAGUAUUCACCCCUUGGAUGUUUUCCUCACAGCCUGCAGGAAAAACUGGAAACAAGUUGGGUUUUUUUACUAAUUAUUUAAUAAAAAUGUAAAGUCUGCA